UUAAUGGGAUUUGGUAGUGUAGACAAAACAUUCAAAGGGGGUCGUCUCAACAUUCUCUCUCUUCCAACAUUCUCUCUCUAGAAAAAAUAACAAAAAAAUGGAGUUGGCUUUGAGUUUAGGAAACAGGGGUGUAGAGAGUAACAGUGUGGGUUACUGCAUGGGAUCAUCAUCAACAGCGAGAAGAUCAACCGCGGAGAAAUUAGGAGGUGAAGAUGAUGAUCAUGAAAUCAACGGUGGUUCUUCGUCAUCGUCAGAUCCAUCACCACUUCAGCUUGAUCUCUUACCCUUCUCCCCUGUUCCGCGUUCUAUCCAACCACCUCCUCCUCUUCGCUUUCCUUGGCUUGCUGAUAAUUUGAGUUCUGAACCGGGUUCAUCAGACGGGCCGGGUUCAAAAAUAAUGGAAGCGAACCGACGGCCAGCGGUGGGAGCAACGGCGGAGGAAGUGGAGGAGCACUCGUCUCCGAACAGCGGAACGUCGUCAUUCAUGGAGUUUUCGCUAUAUACUAGCAAUAAUAACAAUAACAAUAACAAUAAGAGAGGGAUUGAUAGUUUGAAUAAUAAUUAUGGGCAAGAAAUGAUAGGAAUAGUUGUAGGAGGAAGAGGAGGUGAUCAAGGAGAGAGAGGCGCAACAACAUCAAGGGGAAGUGAUGAUGAUGAGAAUGGAUCCACUCGGAAAAAGCUUAGGCUUUCUAAAGAACAAUCGGCUUUUCUUGAGGAGAGCUUUAAAGAACACCAUACUUUGAACCCGAAGCAAAAGCUUGCAUUGGCUAAGCAACUCAAUCUUCGCCCUCGUCAAGUGGAAGUUUGGUUUCAGAACAGACGAGCCAGGACGAAGCUGAAACAGACAGAGGUAGAUUGCGAGUAUUUAAAGAGGUGCUGUGAGACGUUGACAGAAGAGAACAGGAGGUUACAAAAGGAGCUUCAGGAAUUAAGAGCCUUGAAAACUUCCCAGCCUUUCUUCAUGCAGCGUCCUGCUACUACUCUUACUAUGUGCCCUUCUUGUGAGCGUGUGGCCCCUACUUCUACAACCACUAUCACCACCACGUCUACGCCCACGUCCACGUCCACGCCUGUUUGCACGGUCCCUGCACCGUCUACCCCUACUGCUACUAUCACCACCGCCACCACAUCCGUUGUCACUAUUGCCACUAAUGCCAACCCUGCUGUUUCAGGGGAUAGUAAUGAUGUUACGUUGUCGCUUGGGAAACCAAAUAAUAAGCUGCCUAUCUUGCCAUUUUCUAAUGCUAAAUCUCAUCAAGCUGCUUCAUGAAAUGUUAUAGCGGAUGUUAUUUUACCUUUUUUUUUUUUUAAUGUACAAAAAAAAAGAAAUAGUUUUGGUUGGAUUCUUUUAUUUGUAAUGAUGAUAGCUUCAAUAUUGUUUGGAUUGCUAGCUUUGUAGUCUUGUAGAGAGUAUUAGAUGCUUCAAUGUUCUAGAAAAAAAAGACUACUCAUAUUAAAAACUUUAUUUGUCCUUUUUUAAAUGAUACAAUUUGACUUUUGAGUUUUUACACUA